AUGAUGAGGAAGAGACCACCAACUGACACAAGUGUAGAAGUUGAAGCUUUAAUCCAAAUGACUCUCCCUCCACCAGAUCAAAUUCAGAAAGACCAAACUCGGCUAGUUGCUUCUAAGAGAAAUGGUUCUGAUGUUGUUGAGGCAAAGUCAAUUGUCGUUCCUGAACCAAAAAAGAAGAAGAAAUUGAUUAAAGAAACUCGAAGACAAUUGAGAAUGAUGUAG